AAAUGCGGACGCCAUUUUGCGUCGGACGUGUCGUGUUUUUUGUGUCAAUAAUAUGUUAAAUGUCCGACAACCGGACUAUUAAACGUUAGUCAUUUGUUUAAUUUUAUUUUGUACAUUCUCUUAUUAUUAUUGCGUUCGUCUUUGACACCAUUUGUUUACUUUUAUAGUUACAUUUUUACUUAUUUGAUUUUAUAUUUUUAUAAUAAUAUAAAGAAAUAGACUUAAAGAUGAGGGGCAAAUCUGAAUUGGAGGAAGAUGAACAAGGAAAGUUAUUUGUAGGUGGUCUAAGCUGGGAAACUCAACAAGAAAGCUUACAAAGGUAUUUUAAUCGCUAUGGUGAAGUUAUUGACUGUGUAGUGAUGAAAAAUAGUGAAAGUGGGCGAUCAAGGGGUUUUGGAUUUGUUACAUUUGCUGAUCCAAAUAAUGUAAAUGUAGUUUUACAAAAUGGACCACACGUUCUAGACGGUCGAACUAUUGAUCCAAAACCAUGUAACCCCCGAACUCUUCAAAAACCAAAAAGGAGCUCAAGUUAUCCUAAAGUAUUUUUAGGUGGAUUACCUUCAAAUGUGACUGAAACUGAUUUAAGAACUUUUUUUUCGCGGUAUGGAAAAGUUAUGGAAGUAGUUAUUAUGUAUGAUCAAGAAAAAAAGAAAUCAAGAGGGUUUGGAUUUUUGUCGUUUGAAGAUGAUGAUGCAGUUGAUCGAUGCGUAGCUGAACAUUUUGUCAAUCUUAGUGGCAAACAGGUUGAAAUUAAAAAAGCUGAACCUAGAGACUCAAAUAAAAUGAAUGAUGUUGGUGCCAAUCAGUGGGGCAUGAGUCAAAAUAAUCACUUGGCUAUGGGUGGUAUGGGAAUGGGUGGUCCAGGUGGUCAAAUGGGUGGCCCUAUGGGUGGAAUGGGACCUAUGGGUCCUGGAAACAUGAUGCAAGGAUAUCAAGGUGGAUGGAGUUCCACUCCUCAAUCACAAUAUCCUGGUUACGGUACACCAUCUGGACCAGGUGGAUACCAAGGUUGGGGUGCUCCACCUGGACCUCAAGGACAAGGUAUGGCUCCACCAACUUGGGGCUCAAAUUAUGCUCCACCUCAGCAGCCUGGUUAUGGUUCUUAUGCACCUCAAGCACCACCUCAAUCAAGCUAUGGUAAUAAUUGGAAUUGGAAUAUGCCUCAGAAUGGACCUGCUGCAGCUACAGGACCACCUGGACAAACUGGUCCUGGACCACAAAAUGAUCUGUAUUCUCGUUCUACUGGUACAGCCCCAGCUACUGGACCAACACCACCAGGAACAGCUCCCCAAAAAGCUGGUGAUUAUGCUGGCUAUGGAAGUUAUACUGGCUAUCAACAGGAUUCGACCAGCUAUGGUGCAGGCCAAACUUAUAGAGGGGCGGACGGCACAGCUGCUGGUCUCGGGUCUGGCGGUGGGUAUGGUAAGCCAUUUGACUUUAAAGAAUGGCCCACUUCAUGACUGAUUGAAUUCAAUUAAAUCUUCUUUCAAUAUUCACUGGUUUGGGUAACACAAUUAUUAUAAUAAUAAUGAAACAAUUAAAAAUAAUAUAACUUAUAUAAAAUGAAAAUUAGGAGUACUAUAGUAUCAUUAAUAUUUGUAAUUCUUACGUAUAUAUUAGAAUUAUAUAUUAAAUAUCUAUAUUAAUACAAUUUAAUUAUAAUUACUACAUAAUAUUUAACUUAUACUUUAAUAACAAAUUUAACUUAGCGUAAAUAUUUAUUAUGUCCCUAGAUUCUAAUGGUUUUUUUAUAUAUAUAUUUAUAAUUUAGCCUGUUUUUUCUUUUAGACAUAUGACAAUUGUUAUCAUAGUUUGUUUUUUCUUUGGACUUAAGUAAACAUAACGGCACCAUUUUUUUUUAAGGUGAAACCAAAAGUGAGACUAGGCAGUACAUCUAAAAUAUUUCGAAUAUAAUUAUUUUAUAACUUAGUGUGAAGGGAAUUGGGUUAAGGAAUUAACAUAAUAUUAACAAAAUUUGGGUAAUUUCAAAUUCUUAGGUUUAUUAAAUUACUGUUAAAUAUCACAUUGUAAUAGAUAGCUAAAAACCACUGGACUGAUUAAUUGGUAAAACUUUUUUAAAUGUACAUACAGGCUUAAGGAAGAUUCUCGAAUCGUUUAAAAAUAAGUGUUGUUUUCAUUUUUAAGUAGAAGUUGAAUUA